UAAUUUGGAAAUAGUUUUUUUUUUUUUUUUUUUUUGAAAUUUAUCUUUAUAUUGAUUGAAUCUAAAUGAAUUAAAAAAGAAAAUUCUUUGCGUGUUUUUUGUACUUUGCUUGGCGCGUAUGCAAUGUAUCGAACAUUGGCCUUACAAACUAAUAAAAUGGAAGUAAAUCAACCCAUUUUUUCUAUUGAUCAAUUAAAAGAAGCUCAACAACAUGAAUGGAGGGGGCACAAAACGUCCAAAAAAACGCUUCUUAUUUGUUCUAUUAUUUUGAUUGUACUGACUGGUUUAUUAGCUGGUUGGGUUUUCGUUGCAAAACCAAGAUUUUAUCCUAAAUUAGGUCUUUACAGCCGAUCUGCUGAUGAUGUUUGGACAGAUUCUACAAUAAAAAAAGAAAUGUUUAACAAAAGAACUAAAAGAAGUAUAGCAAGUCUACCAGAAAAAAAACAAUUCGAGGUAAUUAAUUUAAAUAUUGAAAAGGAGUUUCCAAUAAACAACAGUAGAUUACCCCCUAAUUUAAUACCACAAGAUUAUUUUAUUGAUUUGAAUAUCAGUUUGAAUUCAAACUAUUUCAAUGGAAGUGUGACCAUUCUGUUUAAUUGUAUUAAAAAAACUAAUAUGAUAAUUUUUCAUGGCAGAAAAAUAAAUUUACAAAACGUUUCUAUUUUUGCAAAAAAUGGUGAACUGACGUACAAACGAGUUAUAUAUAUUAAAAGAUAUGAACUUUUUGUCAUAGAGUUAGAUCAAUAUUUAGAAGAAGAAAAGUUAUUUGAACUUGAUUUGACUUAUUCUGUAGUUUAUGGAAAAUCUUUAGCUGGACUUUACAAAAGCAACUACACUAGUCAUAAUGGGACACAGAGAACAAUUGUUUCAACUCAUUUUGAACCUACCGAUGCUCGAUCUGCAUUUCCUUGUUUUGACGAACCCCACUUGAAAGCAAGGUUUUUUGUUAGUAUAACACACGAUGCAACUCUUACGGCUCUUUCUAAUAUGCCAGUAAACAAAACUAUUAUUGUCGACAAAAAUACUGUAAAGGAUGAGUUUGAACCUUCUGUUAAAAUGAGUACUUACUUAGUUGCAUUCAGCGUGAAUGAUUUUAAAUACAAAGAAAAGAAAACAAAGAGCGGAAAAAGAGUAAGAGUUUACGCAAGAGAAACAGAUUUUAAUCGAAUAGACUAUGCAGUAAUGGCUGCUACUGCAAUAAUUGAUUUUUACGAACAAUUAUUUGAAGCUAAAUAUCCAUUGCCUAAACUAGAUUUGUUGGCCGUGCCCGAUUUUAUGGCAGGAGCUAUGGAAGAUUGGGGAUUAGUUUCCUUUAGAAGCGCGUAUUUGGUGUUUGACGAAGAAAUUAUGACAGUUGAAUCAAUGAGACAAGUAACAUUAGUUAUCGCACAUGAACUUGCUCAUCAGUGGUUUGGAAAUUUAGUAACAAUGAAAUGGUGGAAUGAUAUCUGGUUAAAUGAGGGUUUUGCAAACUAUGUUGAAAUGUUAGGAACUGAUAUUGUAAACCCACAGUUUCACGCCAUUGAUAUGCAAGUACCCACUGGAUGGCAAGCUGCAAUUUCUUCAGACUCUUUAAAGAAUUCGCAUCCAGUGAGUCAGGACGUCAAAAGUACAUCGGAGAUAGAUGAAAUGUUCGACGCGAUCUCAUACAAUAAAGGAGCUUCUCUGUUACGCAUGAUUGAGGGAUUUAUGAAAGAAAAAAUGAUCAAAGGUGUGCGAAGUUACAUUGAUCAUUACCAGUAUUCAAAUGCUGAAACUGAUGAUUUAUGGAAACAUCUUACAAAUGCAUCAGGUGAAUUAAAUAUAAAAAGUAUAAUGGACACGUGGACCCGACAACGCAGCUUUCCUGUUGUUACCAUGAUUCGUAAACCUGGUUCCAAAUUUAAAAUACAACAAGAAUCUUUCCUUGAAAUGAAACAAAAAAUUGAAUCACCUAACUCAACAUGCAAUCAAACCGAUGGUUUAUGGCAGAUUCCUUUUACAUAUAUCACGGAUCAAUCCUUUGUAACUCAGACAUAUUGGUUAAAAGAUAGAGACGCUGAAAUUGACUUAGAUAGCACCGUAAUGUGGGUUAAGGCAAACAUCGACUCUCGUGGAUUUUAUUUAGUAAACUAUGAUAACGAAACAUGGCGCGCACUGCAACAACAAUUAAUUAAUAACCACAAGGCUUUUUCUGAUGUAAAUCGUGCUGGAAUCUUGCAUGAUGUCUUUAAGCUUUCCUGUGAGGAAAUAUUAGAUCCAAUUGUAGCAUUGAACAUAACAAAAUAUUUAUCAAAAGAGAGAGAUUUUAUUCCGUGGGCGAUGGCAAGAUCAAAAUCUGAAUGCAUCGCAAUGAUGAUUCAAGAUCAUUCUGUAAAAAGAAAAUUUAAAAAAUAUUUCUGGUCAUUGAUGUCGCAUUUGGUCAAACCAAGUAUGCUUGAUUACAAUGGGAAAAAGGAAGAAAAGCUUUCUAUCUAUGAAAGGUUGCAACGAUUAGAGACAUUCUCGUUUGCUCUUAAACAUAAUGUUAGUUCAGAAUUUCAAAAGAAAGUUUCUCUUAUUUUUAAUGAUAUGGCUGCAGGAAAAAAGCUGGUAGGUUUGUCUCCCGAAAAUAGAGCAUUGGCAUUAAUGUAUGGCUACAACUCUUCUAACGAAAAUGAUUGGGACUUCUUGUGGAAACUCUACGAAAAAAGCGAAGUAGAUACAGACCGAAAAAUUAUCAUGAAGGCGCUUGCGCAGUUCAAAGAAAAAAAUAAAAUCAAUUACAUACUUGAGAAAUCGUUGAAUAAGUCAAUAAUGAGAGUACAAGAUACAAUACCAUUACUUGCAAAUAUUGUCAGACUUGGGUCUCGAAAAGAAGUUUGGGACUUUGUAUGUGUAAAUUACGAUAGUUUCAAAGAAAGGUACGGAGGAGGCUAUCAAUUAGGUCAACUACUAGGAGAAGUAGCAAGUGGUUUUAGCACAUGGGUAGCAUAUAAAGAGGUUAGAACGUUCUUUAAAAAGCAUCCAAUUGGUGCAAAAGGAUCAAGAACUGAGAAGCAAAUUCUAGAAAAAAUCAAAAAUAAUAUACAUCGACAUACCGCUGAAAACAUCAACAUUCACGGUAAAAGAAUUUCUUUUUGGCUAGAAGAAGAAGUCAGCAAAAGAAACACAUUGAAUAGCUUAUACGAUUUUGAUUAAAUGUUUCUUUACUAAAAAAGUAUUUUAUAUACAAUCCUCAUAACCAAUGAUGGUCUUGUGAUUUGCGACUUUGGAACCUUAUUACCUGCUAUUUUGUUCUUGCUAUUUAAGGCCAUAACUUUAAAACACACGAUUUGUUAUACGACUACAGUGUUGACAGUAUACUUAAUAAUGUUAUUUUAUGAUAGAAAGUGGUAUUUGCAAA